AUGACCUCGAAACGAGAUUUGACACGCGGAGUUUUAGGGACAGCUUUUCUUCAGGAUAACCAACUGAUUGCUGCGCUGCGAGAUGACUCAAGAAUCGAUUUGUUCGACGUCGAAAACGACUUGGUGCAUAAAAAAUUGUUCGAUUUGGACGACUUUGUUGUAAAAAUUCACGGUGCCGACUCACACCUCAUUGCCGUCAAGAAGAACUCUGUCGAGAUUGUUGACGUCACAAACUCACUGAAAACUCUGUCAACAUACAAACCAUCAGAACAUUUCGAGGUCUUUGAAUCGUCGCAGUUUGAUACAGAAUCUAAUGUGUUGGUUGUAUCUAACGAUGAGAACAAUGCGAAAAAGAAACGUGUGGAAUUCGUCGAUUGGAGAACAGCGAAUGCGUCCAUUCUGUUAAUUGAUCAGAACACACCGAUUGGAGACCAUGUUGUUUUCACCCAAAAACGUGAAGAAUUCGCAGUCACAACGCCAGGAGGUGCUGUGAGAGUUUACGAUAUUCGCACUGUGAAGAAUCAAAUCUACCAAGUCAGCAAUAUUGGAAAACUUCGAAGGAUGACAUUCGUAAACAACAGAAUGUGUUGCAUAACACCUGGUGAUGCGUACAAAAUUUACACAAAAAACGAAUGCUCGGAGUUAAAAAAAGUAGAAUACAGUUACGAGUUUCCGAGCAGAGAAGACUGGUGCUUGGGUUUUCUCGAGGGAAAUGAUAAGUCCCCUCUGUUCGCAAUUCAUGGGAAUCAAUACAGUUACAUAAACUUCUCAGCAGUCGACCAGAUUGAGAAAAGCAAAAACCAUUCAGUUCUCCGAUACAAGGCUUUGAGGCCGAAUUGUUUCAGUCGAUCUAGCAACAACAAGAUCGCCGUUGGAUCUUUGCACGGCCAACUACACCUACAGAUUUGCAACUUUCGAUCGGAUAACCUCCACAAAGAGUUUGAGAAGAUUCGAGACAAGAACACACGAAAUCGAAACCAGCAAAAGCCAAAAAAAGGAGAAGUGGCGGCGGCGGAUCAACGCCACAUUGCCAAAGAACUCAACGAGCCAAAAGUUGGAGUUGUGGGAAAGGAAUUCAGUCUCAAUAACUUUCAAAUUUCUAAAAUGCUCGGAAGAGGAUCAUUUGGAUAUGUUCAACAGGUGGAGUCCGUUCGAACCGGCAAAAAGUUUGCCAUGAAAGUGUUGCCCAACACGUUGACUGAUUUGGCCGACCGGCAUAUCGUGGAGAGAGAAAUUCUCAUUCAGGCUGAGAUGCAGCAUAAAAACGUCGUUCCGCUAAUUACUACGUUUGCGACUUCAGCUCAAGUUCACAUGAUCAUGGAACUAAUGUCCCACAGCCUGAGACAAAAAAUGAUAUCUGAAGGAGCUCUGUGUGAGAAGGAUGCAAGUUGGAUCUUGCAUGACGCUACCAACGGAAUUGCCUUCUGUCACCUUCAUGGGGUUCUUCACAGAGAUCUAAAACCAGAAAACAUUAUGAUCAGUGACCACGGAACUGCUAAAAUCAGGGAUUUCGGUCUCAGCACCAACACUAAAGGUUUGACAGCUUGUGGAACAGAGCAGUAUAAGGCUCCAGAAAUAUGGGCACAUGAAGAACAAACGACUAGUGUUGAUAUGUGGAGUCUCGGAUGCAUAAUGUUCGAGGCACUGACUAAACGUCUCACGUUCCCUCAAGCGAAAACGUCCGACAUGUUUGCUGCAAUUGACUCGGCAAAAGUGUCCUAUCCACGUCAUUUGAGCAACAUUUCAAAAGAUUUGAUACAGAAAGUUAUUGUCCGCAAGGCAGGAUCUCGACUCACUGCAUCUCAGGUUCUCGACCACACGUGGAUCCAAAAAUAUCAAAUAGAAAAGAAUCGUGGAUAUGCCCGGGAGUUGCUAAACGAAAUUUAA